CAUACAUUAUUUUACUCUUUUUCCCUAUCUCUAUUGCGCACAAAGCUGAUUUACCUUUGAUACUGGCGCUAUUGGCCCUGUUUGUCAGCACAUGCAAUCCACUUUCCACUACAAAAUCAACUUUGGACCCCAAAUUCACCUCAUCUUCAAGAAAGGAACACCCUUCCUCCAUCCUCCAUCAUAAAUCAUGCUCAAGAACACCUCAAGAAGCCAAAAUCAUUCCAACAAGUUCUUUUAGCUCGAUCCUUUUCAAAAUAUGAGAGCCGGUGGAAAUUGCGCGGUUCAACAAGCUCUAACGGCCGAAUCCUUAGGAGUUUUGAAGCAAGCCAUAACCCUAGCCCGUCGUCGCGGCCAUGCACAAGUAACACCACUCCACGUAGCCAACACCAUGUUGGCAUCUCCAACCGGUUUUCUAAAAACAGCUUGCCUUCAAUCCCAAUCCCAUUCUCACCCUCUUCAAUGCAAGGCCUUAGAGCUUUGCUUCAACGUAGCGCUUAACCGUCUCCCCACCUCUUCUUCAGUUUCUCCCAUGCUCGCGACUCACGGCCAUAACCAUAACCAUAACUACAAUCACAACCACCCAACCGUAUCGAAUGCCCUAGUUGCGGCUUUCAAGCGUGCCCAAGCCCAUCAACGGCGUGGAUCUAUCGAGAGCCAGCAACAACCGAUCCUAGCCGUUAAGAUAGAGCUCGAGCAACUAAUAAUCUCCAUCUUGGAUGAUCCGAGUGUGAGUAGGGUUAUGAGAGAAGCCGGUUUCUCAAGCACACAAGUUAAAUCAAGUGUGGAGAAAUCCGUUUCGUUAAUGGAGUCAACUCCAUCAUCUAACAAGUUCAAGGAAAGUAGGCCGAAAGCGUCAAAUCUAGUGAAAGACGAAGACCUAACGGUUUUAAUAGACAACAUGAUCUCGACAAACAAAAGAUCGACGAAAAAUAGUAUUGUUAUCGUCGGCGAGUGGAUCGAGAACAUAGAAGGCGUAGUUGGUGCUCUAAUGGACAAGUUUGAUAGAGGGGAAGUUCCUCAAGACUUGAAAGAGAUGAAGUUCAUAAGUCUUCCGUUGUAUUCGAUCGAAAAUCGGUCUCGAGAAGAGGUUGAGAAGAAGCUUGUGGAGCUUAGGUGUUUGGUGAAGAGUUGUGUAGAAAAGGGAGUUGUUUUGUAUUUGGGAGAUCUUAAGUGGACAGCUGAUUUUAGGGUUAAGGAUGAUGAUGAUUCAAAUGAAGUUGGGAGGGUUAGGAAUUGCUAUUGCCCAGUAGAGCAUAUGGUGAUUGAGCUUGGGAGAUUGAUACGUGGGAUUGGAGAUAGUGGAAAUUUUUGGUUAUUGGCUAUUUCCACAUUUCAAACUUUCAUGAGAUGCAAGAAAGGUAACCCUUCUUUGGAAGCUAUUUGGGGGCUUCAUCCACUUACCAUUCCUCAAGGGAGCUUAGGUUUGAGCCUUGUUCCGACCGAAAGAGAAGCAAACAUCAAUAUUAAAGGUGGAAAUAAUCAUGAUAAGCAUCAAGCCACCUUUUGCACAGAAUGUUCCUCGAACUUUGAGGCCGAGGCUCGAAUCUUGAAAAAUAGUGAUUCCACCACGGUUAGCACUCUUCCGCCGUGGCUUCAACUGUCCAAGGAAAAUAACCAACAUCCAAACAAGGAUCUUUUUAAGAAAUGGAGCUCAUAUUGUAAAUCUUUACAUAAGCAACCAAACUUAUUGGAGAUGGCUAUGAACUCCUCAUCUAUCUCGGCUUCUUCCUCUCCUUCCGGGUAUUUGUGUGAUCUCCAAACAAAUCCUAGUUCUUACGAGUGGAGGGAUCGCCCUUUUAUUCGUACACAAGAAAGGGAACGUGAAUUAUCAAUCUUUAGAUCGAUGCAAGGCGAUCAAUAUGUCCAAAAUGGGAUUUUCUCAAACACUAAUUCAACCAACUCUAGUGAUGUUAUCAUGGAAACAAAUGAAUAUGUUAAAAGCUUCAAGGAGCUAACUUCUCACAAUAUCAACAUGCUAUGCAAUGCAUUGGAGAAUAAAGUUCCCUGGCAAAAGGACAUUGUGGCACCAAUUGCGAGUACUAUAUUGCAGUGUAGGUCCGGAAAUGUGAGACGAAAAGGGAGUGUCGCUAAAAGAGAUGGCGAGUUCAACGGAAGAACUAAAGAAGAGACUUGGCUUCUCUUCCAAGGGCUAGAUUUGGAUGGCAAGGAAAAACUUUCUAGAGAAUUAGCAAGGGUAAUUUUUGGGUCCCAAUCAAAUUUAGUUACAAUUUCUUUAAGUAGUUUUUCGUCUACAAGAGUUGAUUUGAUCGAGGACUCGAUGAUAAGGAACAAGAGAUUAAGAGUUGAGGAAAGCUCUAGCUAUUUGGAGAGGUUUGCCGAGGCAGUGGCAAGUAACCCACACAGGGUUUUCUUUGUUGAGGAUGUGGAGCAAGCCGACUAUUCGUCUCAAAUGGGGAUCAAGAGGGCAAUUGAAAGUGGAUGGAUCAAGAGUUCUAGUAGAAGAGAAGUGAGCCUUAGUGAUGCCAUUGUUAUAUUGAGUUGUGAAACCUUAUGUUUGCGAUCAAGUACUUGUUCUUCUCCCACAAAACAAAAGUUUGUUGGAGAUGGCCUUGUUCAAGAAGAGGAGAUGGAACUUUCUUUGUCCUUAGAUUUAAAUAUUUCUUGCGAUGAUCAUGAAUAUGCUAAUGAAAGUAAGUCGAUGGAUGAUAUUGAACUUUUUGAAUUUGUUGAUAGACAAAUAGUUUUCAAGGAUAGGGAUUUGUAAUGAUUAACAAGAUUGUCUACCAUGUUUAAAUUUUU